UGUCGCCCCGUUAAAGCGCCCGUGGCAUCCGCCGAGGAUGAGCGCCGCCGAGACGACGAUCUGCAUUUCGGUGCUGUGCAUCUACGUUCUCAGAGCCACCACCACGCCCCGCGCCACCGGUCGUUUGGCUUACGCGAUCGAGCCUUACUUGGAGAUCCUGCCGCUGGGGGAGACGCAGACGAAGCCGAUCGGGUCCAGCAUCAUCUUGACGUGCAACCCGAAGGUCGAGGACACGAAGCUCAUCAGCGACAUACAAUGGCUCGAUCCGCAGAAUCGUGUGAUCGAGUCCCUGAACAACCCGGGCCAGUCGGAGCCGUCUAUGUACACCGAACUGCACCAGGACAACAGUCUGUCUCUGUUCUUCAAGCGUCUGCAAGAAGAGCAAGCCGGGAAGUACAUGUGCAAGGCCACUUACGCCAAUUCGAUUUCUCUGAACAAGACCGUGACGAUCGACACCAUAGUUGCGAUCACUUGGGACAACGCACCCACCAAUCAAUUCCCUAUUCUGGGUGAGGACUUCCCUAUUCAGUGCAAAGUGCGGGCAACGCCUUCGCCCUCCGUCGACUGGCUGUACAACGGUGAAUUAAUUAAGACGAACGAGCACUACAUCAUAGACACCUAUGCCCUGAAGAUCAAGAACGUCCAAGAAUCUGACGACGGCAUCUACACCUGUCGGGCUUCCGUGUUGACCACCGGUGAACUCAAAGAGCGACCUAUCCGCGUCGAGGUCCACGUGCGGCCGACCAUCGAGGAGCAGCCCGGCACCGUAAACAUAAUCGAAGGGGAAGACGCGAGUGUACGGUGCAUAGCUCGGGGCAAACCGCCGCCACAGUUCACCUGGGUGAAAUCCCUGACGAAACAGAAUCUGUCCAACACGGAUCGCUUCGGGGUGGACGCGGACACGGGGGUGCUGACGAUCACCAACGUGAACAGGAACGACGCGGGGGAGUACGAGUGCAGGGCGACGAACGCGGCCGGCUACGCGGACACGAACAUCCGCGUGAACGUGAUAGUGAAGCCGAAGAUCAUGGAGUUCUUGAACUCGUCGGUGGUGCAGGACCACCAGGCGUACAUCAUCUGCAAAGCGUUCGGUCGUCCGCCGCCCCAGGUCACCUUCAGGAAGCACACGUCGGAGAAAGAGUACGCCGAGGGCGUGCAGCUGGACGACGACAGGAUAACGCUGACGAACGCCGCCGACGACAUGAACGGCGAGACCGUGGGCACCCUGACGAUACAGGAGGCCCUCAGGUCGGACGACGGCCUCUACGAGUGCGUAUCUAAGAACGCAGGUGGCGAGGCACGCAGAAACGGCCACCUCACCGUCGAGUUCCCACCGUCGUUCGCCUCGAUGCCCAACAAGACGUUCUUCUCCUGGGAGGAGAAGCCGGUGAACAUCAGCUGCAUCGCCGAGAGCAUACCGAACGCAACUAUACACUGGACCAUGCACGGCGACCAGAAGAUCGACAACGACCCGAUGAUCAAGCAAGUGGGCAACGGACCGCUGUCCACGCUCACGAUCGUGCCACGCGACAGACGAUACUACGCCACCUACAAGUGCGUCGCCACCAACAUUCACGGCAAACGGGAGCGCAACAUCGAGCUCAGGGAGGGCUUCAGACCCAAGGAGGUGGCGCAGGCGAAGAUGGCCGAGAUCACCGCCACGACGAUCAGGUUCGAUCUUGCGCCGCCACCCACCGAUCCCGAGCUCCCCGUAAGAACCAUCGCCGUACAGUACAAGCUGGACAGGCAGACCUGGACGGAGGCUAAGAACAAGACCUGGUCUGUUGGUUCGCUGUACGUGUUGGAGGGCCUCGAACCGAACACUCCGUACGAGUUUCGGUUCGCCGCGAGGAACGAGGUGGGUCAGGGCAACUGGGGCGCGUUGUACAGCGAGACAACACCCGGAAGGUCGUUCCCGAACGAGCCGAAAAUAGUAACGUCACCCGCCGAGUACGAGCAGUCGAUGUUCGGCCACCAAUACGAGAUCAUGUGGGUGGUGCCAGCGGACAACGGUAUGCCGAUCGACAUGUACCAGAUCAAGUACUGUCAAAUAAAACGCGUGUCCGGCGAGUGGGAGACGCAGGAGAACACGUGUCGAAUGGUGGAGAUCAGGACGCAGGAGAGGACGAGGCACUGGUUGAAGGACUUGAACUCCGACACGUUCUACAAAGUGGAACUGAAGGCCCACAACGCGAUAGGUUUCAGUAAACCCGGCUCGGCGAAGUUUAAGACGGCAAGGGAAUCUACGGGCCUCAAUGUGGACUACAAUAUAGAUACUUCCGCUGGAGGUACUCCCAAGCUCGCCGUGACCGCCAUUGCUACAGCAAUAACGAUUCUAUUCCUAGCCAUUUAAAAGCAAAAAAAAAGCAAAAGAAAAGAAAAAACGCAAAAAAUAAAAUAAAACGAACGAACAAUUUAUUUGUCAUCGUCAGAAACCGGUCGCUGUUCACGCUCUAAUCUUUCCGUUUAGUGUACACGUUUUAGAAGUGGUAUUAUGCGAAUCGUAAUAUUUACGGGGGAGUACGCCAGAGACACACACAACCACGAUGGACGAAAACGAAUCUUCGUGUGUGUACGGUUACACGUGUUCCGUCGAGUUUUUCUCUCUCGAUUUUUUCUAUCUCUCUUCGAUAAAUCGUACGCGAUUGUAAAGGCGAGUAGAUGGCGCUCGCUUCUAGACCGGUGCACAACACAUUCCGAGAGGUGGUGAGAACGUAGAGGUUUAAGUGGGUUCGUGUAACUAGUGAGAAAGAGAAGAGAGACGAGAACGCGUGAACGAUGUUGUAUUUAUAAAAAAAAAUGGUACCUUGUUGAGAACUGCUCACCGUUAGCAAACGUACUGGUACGUUUUUUGUUUCUUCUUCUCUUUUUUUUUUUUUUCUCUUUACUUUCUUUUGUAUUCACGACUUCCUGGUGGUUCUUUCGAUGAUUCGCGCGCGGCUGGCGACCAGCGUUCUUCGCAGCGGAAGACGACGAUCGCAGCGAGGCGUGAUAAGGAACAACGAAACGCCAGUAUCGAACAAUUCUUUCUGUCUGUCAUUUUUUUUUUUCUUUUUUUUUUACAUCGUCGAUUCGUCGCGUUCGAUCGCGCGGACGUAAUUUUCGGACCUGCCGUUGUCGCGAACGAGCCUCCAUUUUCUUUCCCUUUUCGGAUCCACCGGUGCGCGCCUCGGCGACGAAACACGUUCUCUUUCCGUUUUGUAUAAUAAUGUGCUUCCAUUCGAGGAGUUCGUCGCCGUAUGAAUCAUCGUCGUCGACGGACGAGAAGAUCGCGCGGACAGAGUCAACGGGGAAAAUUCUGUUUCGCCCCACCGGGAUAACUCGUCACGCUAUCCGUGACGUUUAUUCGGGCGAGCGGUUCAAUUUGUGUUCGUUUGUCGCGAAACGUUUCGAACGAAACGGAUGACAUUUUUAUUUUCGUUUGACAACGAACGGUUUGCCUUUCGUUCGUUCGGAAAUUUUUACGUGGAUAUGAAUUUUGUCUCUGUCCGAGGGGUGCGUUUGGUUCGAACGAAACGACUGUGAAAAUAAUAAGUCUACGUUCGAAUAAAUAAUGCAAUUGGAAAAUAACAAACGAAACUGUUACGUCUUUUGAUUCGUACAAAAUUAGUGUAGUCGAUGACUUAAUUUUCUUAUCUUUACUUUAAAUAAAAUUUCACGGUUUGAAUCGUAUUCUGAACCCUUUUGCACCCUUCUGAAGCAUUAUUCUCGGCUACCGACGACGAGUUUCGCGACGAGUCCGCGCACUGCGGAUCUAUUUUAGCGUACAGUGAGAGGCUUCGCGGGCCUAAUACUUACUGCCUUAAAUUUGCCAAAUGCGUAGUGUUAGAAACGAGGAGGGAAGUCGUCGACUCAUCGACGAUAAGGGUCGAACGCAAGAAACGAGGUCCACGGACCGAUAUCGUGUAACGAUCGAGCCCCGUGGGGGGAAGGGGAAGGGGGGGUGCUGGAGUUAUUUUCCGACUUCGCGCCACGUUGGCAAAGUACAAAUAUUUUUGGAGGGAAAUUUUCUCGCGGUCCGAUUUGUCGCGACGACGGGGAACAGCGCGUGUCCAGAGGAAAUUAUCUCCUUAAACGGGCGAAUAAUUUUGUCGAACGUCCCAUCCAAUUGCCCUAAAGCGACAAGAAAUCUUCUAAAUUUUAUUUUGGUGAAUUUUUCUUCAGCCCUGAAAAUAUGUAUAAAUCUGUUAUUCCUUUAAAAAAGUAAUAAGUGACUCUAUUAAAUGAUAAUAAAAUUUAAAAGAUGUCCAAAGUCCUGUAGUGUCAUGGAUGAACGUUUAAAGAAAUUAGGUGCUCGUCUAUGGGAAGAGAUUUUCAAAAAUCUACCCUGCUUUGUCAGUUGGACGAACCCUUGUGACGUUUUCCCAGUCGACAGCGUCGCGAACACCCCGGAUAAAAUCCGUUUUCGUCCGAGCUGGAUAACCCUGGAGCCCGUCGCCAUUUUCGUGGGUUUUGCAGCGAUUUUCGUUUUCUAUCGGGCGCGAGUCGACGUUCGCGGACGCGUCGUAUAGAGCCAAAGAACCGCAGAUACUUAAAUCACGCUUCUCGCGUUCGAGGAUAAUUGUCCGUGACACGAUUAGAAUCCGAGAGGUCGUCGAGACCUCGGAGAAGAGCAUAUAUUACGUAUAUAUCCGCACGAACGGGGGGAGCACGCCGAUUUAACCAUAAAUAGAUUACGCAUCAAUUAGUUUUUAGUCUUAUCUUUUGUUUAUUUUGGGUUCAUUUCAGCCGAUUGCAUACGAUUUUUUCUCUCCUCUUGCGUAUUUUUUGUGCGUUCUGUUAUUUUUUUUCUUUUUUUUUUUUUUUUUAUUUCUUCGUUCUCUGGGGUUUUAAAACUUUUACUACUGAGUCGUCGGUUAGUCCUGCUUGAUUAGCUCUUGGACCAUACGUGUUUAGUGCGCAUGAUGUGUGUUAUGAUUACGAUUAUUAUUAUUACCAUUAUUAUUACUAUUAUUAAUUAAUGUUACGAUUAUUUUUACCGUUACGGUUACGAUUAUUAUGUUAUUACGGCGUACUGGCAGGGAUGGGCGAACGGUGUUUCGACAGACUCGAACGACGAACACCUCGCUAUUGAGAUCCUUAGAAUAUUUGUUAAAUAUUCUAUAAAGCGUACCAAACAAUUUUACCGUGUAAAAUUGAAUUUUACAAGAAUUUCCCCCCAAAACACCAAUCUCUAUCGUCACGGAAUACAAUAUGGCGGCUUGUUCGUCGUUCGUUCCAAGUCCCGAAUGCAUACAGUUACUCUCACUCGUGAUCGUAUUGUAUAAUGGUGAUUCACUAUAAAUGAAAAAAAGCUUGUUUCUUGUAAAUCGAACACGAUGAAAAGUUUAAGGGUUUAUGUACGGAUAAAUUAUAAAUAAAACUUGUCGAUGGUCGAAGCAUGUUGGAAGCACAGACUGUCGUUCGAUUACAGAGGUGCAGCUGCAUUGGGCGGCGUGUGAAAAAAUCACGUUUAUUAAUAUUACUAUACCUUUCUAGUACUAUACAUUAAUAUUAAAAAAAGAAAAAAACACAGUGUAAUACAAAAAUAUUUAUAAAAUUCCCUAAGAAACAAGUUUCCUUUCACGUAUAGUGCAUAUCACCGAGUGUACGAAUACGAGAUUCCAGGAGUAAAUCGUGUACAUUCGAUUAAAAAAUAGGUGCUCGUCCCUGCGUACAUGGCUGCUACCGUCUACUAUAAUUAUUAUUAUUAUUACUAACGUCACUGAUAUUAUAUCUUGAAUCGAUUACUGAUCACCUAUUGUACAUCGUAUCGUCAUUACCAUUAGUAUUAUCGGUAUCCGUCGCGAGUGUCGGUGAUUUUCGUUUGGAGAACCGACGAACAAAGGUGCUCCGUACGAGACCGGGGGCGCCAAGGAUUCGGGAACGUCGGACGAUUCCGUCGCGUUGAAAAUAAAAAAUGAAAAAAAAUGGCCACUCCGAUCGACCCGCGAAAAGUUGUAAUUUCGUAACGAACGCGCGACGGGGCCGUCGAACUUUUCGAUCCGUGACGUUUUCACUCACUUGCCUGGGUUCUUAGAUGUUAGAUUAUUAUCGCAUGGCAUGCGCUUGUAUCGUUUCAAUUAUUUGUUUCUUUCCUUCCCCGCCCCCCCCCCUCCACCCUUUCUCGCUCCCUUCUUUUCGCGAUCCAAUCAGCGCCGUACGACCAGCGUUUACGUUGGACGAGACUUCUUCAUUCCAUCGAACGUACCUUUGUAUACCCCGUACCGAAAGGGAUUAUCGUGAUCGGUUAAAUGUGUAUGGUUGUAAACGUAUCCGAGUCCGAGUGUGUUUUUUAGGUGUAGCGCGAACUGUAAGUUCGACGAGGCUGCGCGAGUGUUCGAGAAACGACCAUCUUCGGGGCGUCGAGAAAUUUCGCGGCGAAAGUUCGGAGUCCGGAAAUACUUUGGAUUUCUUUCCAAUUUAAUGUCUCGCUGAAACGACCUAGGAUUCGUUAGGGUUGUCGAUUAUUUUCUUAAGAGUUUCGAAGCUUAAAAAUUGACCUCGGUUGUAUUUCUAAUUAAAAAAACUCGAAUGAUCUUGAGAAUCUUGGGAAUCUUGGGAAACGUCGCUUUAUUGUGAUAGCUGGAUAAUCAAAGGCUCCACAGUCAUUUCCGUCGAAUCAAAAUUGCUGGUAAAAUAUAGCAGACAUUAGGGUAAAAAGUAUUCUCCGUUUCAUAUUUUAAAUAGAAACAUCGUUGGGUGAUGUUUAAAAUGAAAGUAAAACUGAAAUCAAAAAAUAAACACGAGACCAAGGUACGAAAGAAACACAGAUUGCGCCGAACCAGAGUACUUUUGUUCGACCCAGUUGCCGAGCAAAGCGUUUCUAUCGCAGAACUAAUUUCGCGAUUAAAAUUCAAUGUUAAAUUUCGUUCCCGUUCCACUGCAGGAUGUCGAGAAGUUCCGGGAGGGAACCAUAUCCAUGAAACGAGCCGUUUUCUCGGGCGAAAGAUGGCCAAAGUUUUGGUACGAUUAGAUUGCACGGAGGUUUCUUUCAGAGGUGGUUUCUCUAUUUUGUCUUUCUGACGCAAAGCUGCAGCUGUUGGCGGACAUGGCCGACACAGAGUAACGCGAAACAAAGUGGCGAAAGCACUCGGGGCUCCCAGAAGCAAUUCAAUUGGCCGGAACUUUGACAAUCUCGGUGAGAAAACUAUUUGUUCGAGGCGUACGGUUUCCUUUGAACGCUUUGUCCUUUCUAUCGCGGUGAUUUUUAACACCAGAUUCACGGAUACUCGUUUACAGUUGCAUUAAAAUACAGUUUUUCGACGUAAAUUGCCAACAAAUGUAAUAUAAUUGCCAUCGAAGUAUUCAGCGUCACUCUGGUAUCGAAUGGAGGGAAAACAUCAGGUUUAUUUAAAUCAGCGCCAUUAAGAGGUUCGUCAGACUCGUAACGAUGGGGGAUGUGUACUCGUAAUCGUAAAAGUCGCGAUAUAUUGCAUCGGUGUACUCUAUAAGAGUGACCCGUGAGAAUGAACAGCUUUCAAGUUGUCGCGUGUUGAACGCUCGUCCAGUCUCGCGUUUUAGAUUCAUGUAAACGAACCGGACAGUUAUGUCUCAUGUAUACUGACACGGCCUAGUGGAUAAAGACCCAAACGUAGUACGGCUUUGUCGUUCGACGAUCGAUAAACGUUUCGUUCGCGACGACCGAGAGAUGCGUGUUACGUGUGUAUUAUAGAAAUCAGUAAGCCAAGGAAUCUCAUAAAUGUUGUUCAGAAUCGAAAGUAGAUGAUAACGAAGAGCCUCCACUGUGCGAUCGUCGAGUUCAAAAUGUCCACGGACAACGUACGAUAGCUCUUGGCAUUAGGAUAACGCAACGUUUCGUUUGUAACGAUUGAGAAAUAAAUAUUUAUUGGAAAAUGGCUCGGGGGAACGUUUUCUAUUCGUGACUGUUCACGACUCUGUAAAUAAUCGCGCGCUGCACACCGGGGAGGAACAGCGGCGGCCAUCUUUGCUCGACCAAGUCUUCGUUUUUGUCGAAAAUUCAUCGUGCACCCGCGAUCUCUCGCUCGAAGACUUCUGAAUUUAUGAAGAUCAUUGUUUGUUCAAAUUUUCGGAGGGUUCGACUCGAAAUGUUAAACACUUGUUCCUCAGGAUUUAAAAAUUGCAAAAGAACGUCUGCUUUUCGGGGGGUUGUGACAAUUUACAUUUAUUUUUCCAGUCGAAUCGCGAGUAACUUUGCUCGAAGAAGUCGACCCUUAGAUUCUGCCUCGAUGUCGUGCUUUCCGCCUCCCGUAAAGCGGGGUACGAGCUUCCGGUGAGCGUCGUAGGGUGCACGGUGACGGCGAGGGCGGGGGAGAGAGGGGCAUUUCCUUGGAUCGCGGCCGAAAAGCGCGGCGACGAGACAAUAGCCUCUGAAGAGAGAACGAGCCUCGGGGAAACGUCGCGCGAAAUCGUUCCUGUCCACGCGGAACCCUUUUCUUUCUCCUAUCGAUCUCUCGCGAAGCCCGUUCGAACGAGAACCGGACGAAGGAGGGGGCGUUGGAAACACGUCCGUCGGAGCCCUCUUAAUUUGGAACUCCCGUCAGAAUGGGGAUUCGAUUCGACCGUGUCCUAAUACAAUUUCGUCCAAGUUAAAUCGCUUUGGGAUGAGAAUCGACGCCCCGGGAUCGCCCCGACCGCGAGAUCUCUCCAUUUUUUACACCCCUUAUCCUCCGUGUUUCACGAGAAAUCGACCGCGAGAGAGGAUUUUGCCAGAGACGCUGGGAUCGCUAUAACUCGGAGCGCGAGAGAAUGGACCUGGAAGGAAUGCGGCUAUAUUAACCUGAAGAUUAGUGUCUGGGGUUGAAUUAUACUAUUUAACACUUUCACUGCUACUCAUUUACCACUACGAUACUAGAAAAAUUCAUUCUCAAGUUAAGAUGUUGGGGGAAAUAAAUUUGGAUUCGUGAAUUUUGAACAAGGUUACAAAGUGCUGAAACAAAUUUUAGGUUAUGCAGCUUACAAUGGUCUGAAAUAAAGAUUUUACUUUCGCAAAAUAUUAUACUGUUUUGACCAUAUAUGGGUGACAGGAUUUACCACUAUGACACUAGAAAAAUUCAUGCUAAAAAUAAGUAUUGAAACAAAUUUUGCAAAAUAUUAUACUGUUUUGAUCUGGCAGUGAACGUGUCGAAUAUAUGUUCGUGGCAAUUUGAUAAUAGUUUUAUACCUUGAUUGUCGUUUUAUGCUAAAAAUUUAAAUUUCUAUGUGGUGUUAAACAGUAACUCUCGACUGAUCAGUUAUCGUUCGAACGUCCAUGAUAAUAAAAUAUUCGUGGGAAUAGUCGCAUCCAGGGUCUCGAAUGUCCCGAGAACGGAUUCGUAACAAAUCCCUAGGGAUGGUAAAUUCCCGAAACAGCGGGGUGUCAUGUUUGUUUUGCUCCGUGCAUUUGCUUUUCCGAGCCUCCGGGGCGCAUCGGUCCGGGAAGGUCGAGUCUCUCACGGAUAGAAGGCAGAUUUCGAGAUUAAUCGGUGAAACUACGGGAUAAUGGUUGGCCUCUAACGCAAUUAAAACUCUCGAGGCUGGUGUCCCGUCGUCGUCGACGGAACUUAUAAUAGCGAGGCUCCGCGUGGCGCCAUUGCCGUCUCUCUCUAUCCCGGUCUCCUUCGCGUGGAUGCAAUUUUGCAAGUUAAAACGAAGUCUGCCUCGAAACUGCAUCGGUCGGGAGAGAUCAGGAACCGGCGUCGACGAGAUAAUUCCGACGAGGAUGCAAAUGAGCUGUUGAAGAGACGCGCUACUGUGCUAUUAGCUCGCCUCCGAAGAAUGUUGGAUGAAAGCGUUCGGUACAGUUCGGUACAGCGUCUCUACGAUACUCUCAGAAGGGAAUAGAAAUACCACUCGAGCAACCGUUACGAAAUAAUUAGCAGAAUAAUUUUUCUUAACUCUCCGCGCUCCGUGAAAAUGGAAAACAAAGCGUUUUAUCGACGAAAAAUUCUCGCUGCACCGGUACUGUUUAUUUUUCCGUUUAAUCUUCUUCGCUUUAUCGAGCCAUUUUUGUUCAAUAACCACGAGAAAACGACGCUUGAUCGACGUCGAAGACGCUGCUGGCCCGUUCCAGGAACUCGCUUCGUUCCUAAACGGAGUUAUAAAUAAAAGACGCCGGUUGAAACGAACAGAACGAGAGAGAGAAUGACACGCGGAGGGAUGGAGCGAGCCGAGAAAGCACGCAGAGUUCGCGUUAUGAAGUGCAGUGUGCAAUGUCGAGGACCGUGAAUCUAUUUUCGAGGGUGGAAAGGAGGGGUACGGCGGUAUUCGCGAGUUUUCGAGCCCGUGGUCGAGGCGCGAUAACGCAAUAGUUUCUGUGGCCUUCCUGGAUCCUUCGCAGAGACGUCAAAACUAUCGUCGAAUCGGUCGUUUAAUCCUCAAGUGGACUCUCAACCUCGACAGAAUUAUUUUACUUAAUAUUGACUUUUAAAAAAUAACGAAUUAAUAGGGAAUUACAACAAUUUUCAAAUAAUUACAUUAAACUUUUAGUUGCCCCCAAUGAUCCACUUGAGGGUUAAUAGUACAUUUUCGACCAAGCUUCAAUAUCGGUUUGCAUUUCAACGCAUUGUCCUGGAAUUUAUUUACACAGUCUCGUUAAAAGUCCACCGACCGCGAAAUUUAAAGGAUCAAAGAGCAGAACACGGUGCUGGUUGAUAACAAAAUUCUAUUCGACGAUCGCAAACCAUUUUCAUCCUUUCGAUCGGGAACGUUGACUUUGACAUCCGAACAGGAUUACAGGAAUACCUGUUAUUUCUGUAAAGGUUUAACGGGACGAGCCUUUUGUCAGUCUGAAAAAUUAUUUUCCGCGGUCCAUUCGCUUUUUACCAUCGUCGGUCGAAAAUAGAGGACUCCCGGGCGAACGGUAAAAAUGACGGAAUUAAAAAGCGGGCACGAAACGGCUCCGAGCAUUAACGGGGCGAAGCUACAUUUUUCCAACUAGUUAUUCUCGCUAAAAGCCAAGAGAACUACUUUCUCUCUCUCUCUCUCUCUCUCCUCUGUCCGUUCUACAAU